GCGAGCGUGCGCGGACGCGCGCGGGCCCGGGAGGAGGCUCCCGAGCGAGUGGGUCCCGGCGGCCGCAGCCCGCUCCCCCGCGGCCCCGAUGUGAAGGAGUCGGGGAGGCCAGCGGCGCGGCAGGGGAGGGCGAGGCAUGUGCACGGGCCGGGGGGUGCAGCAGCCGCCCGAGGACGAGGGGGACGGCGGCGGCGAGGAGGAGAGCGGGGGGCUCGCGGCGGCGGCGGGCCCGGGCCGAGGGGAUGCGGCGGACUGCGUGCGUCCGGCUGUAGCGGGGGCGAGGCGGCGACGAGGCGCGGGGGACCCGCGUGAGGGGCGAGCAGGAGGCGGCGGCGGCGGCGACUAGCGGCGGGACCGGCGGCGAGGGCAGCCCUGCCUGCCAUGCACGUUCCUCUCCCGCGGCCAUGUUAACCAGGAAACCUUCGGCCGCCGCUCCCGCCGCCUACCCGACCGGCCGAGGAGGGGACACCGCCGUUCGCCAGCUUCAGGCUUCCCCGGGGAUCGGCGCGGGGGCUCCCCGAAGCGGAGUGGGGACCGGCCCGCCCUCCCCCAUCGCCCUGCCGCCUCUCCGGGCCAGCAACGCUACCACCGCCGCCCACACGAUUGGCGGCGGUAAGCACACCAUGAAUGACCACCUCCACCUCAGCAGCCACAGUCAUGGACAGAUCCAGGUUCAGCAGCUGUUUGAGGAUAACAGUAACAAAAGGACAGUGCUCACAACACAACCAAAUGGGCUUACGACGGUGGGCAAGACGGGCUUGCCUGUGGUGCCGGAGCGGCAGCUGGAGAGCAUUCACAGACGGCAGGGGAGUUCCACCUCUCUGAAGUCCAUGGAAGGCAUGGGGAAGGUGAAAGCCACCCCCCUGACACCUGAACAAGCGAUGAAGCAAUACAUGCAAAAACUCACAGCCUUUGAACACCACGAGAUUUUUAGCUACCCUGAAAUCUAUUUCUUGGGUCCAAAUGCAAAGAAGCGCCAAGGCAUGACGGGUGGACCCAACAACGGUGGUUAUGAUGAUGACCAGGGAUCAUACGUGCAGGUGCCCCAUGAUCAUGUGGCUUACAGGUACGAGGUCCUCAAGGUCAUCGGGAAGGGAAGCUUUGGGCAGGUGGUCAAGGCCUAUGACCACAAAGUCCACCAGCACGUGGCCCUGAAGAUGGUGCGGAACGAGAAGCGCUUCCACCGGCAGGCGGCCGAGGAGAUCCGGAUCUUGGAACACCUCCGGAAGCAGGAUAAGGACAACACCAUGAACGUCAUCCAUAUGCUGGAGAAUUUCACCUUCCGCAACCACAUCUGCAUGACGUUCGAGUUGCUGAGUAUGAACCUCUACGAGCUCAUCAAGAAGAAUAAGUUCCAGGGCUUCAGCCUGCCUCUGGUGCGCAAGUUUGCUCACUCGAUACUGCAGUGCUUGGAUGCUUUGCACAAGAACAGAAUAAUCCACUGUGACCUUAAGCCCGAGAAUAUUUUGUUAAAGCAGCAGGGUCGAAGCAGUAUUAAAGUGAUCGACUUUGGCUCCAGUUGUUAUGAGCACCAGCGCGUCUACACGUACAUCCAGUCACGCUUUUACCGGGCUCCGGAAGUGAUUCUCGGAGCCAGGUACGGCAUGCCCAUUGACAUGUGGAGCCUGGGUUGCAUCCUCGCGGAACUCCUAACGGGUUACCCCCUCUUGCCUGGGGAGGAUGAAGGGGACCAGCUGGCUUGUAUGAUCGAGCUUUUGGGCAUGCCCUCUCAGAAACUCCUGGAUGCUUCCAAACGAGCCAAAAAUUUCGUGAGCUCCAAGGGUUACCCCCGAUACUGCACUGUCACGACUCUUUCAGAUGGCUCUGUGGUCCUCAAUGGAGGCCGAUCCCGGAGAGGGAAACUGAGGGGUCCGCCAGAGAGCAGAGAGUGGGGGAACGCACUGAAGGGAUGUGAUGAUCCUCUUUUCCUUGACUUCUUAAAACAGUGUUUGGAGUGGGAUCCCGCGGUCCGCAUGACCCCGGGCCAGGCUUUGCGGCACCCUUGGCUCAGGAGGCGCUUGCCAAAGCCUCCGACCGGGGAGAAGACAGCGGUGAAGAGGGUCACGGACAGUACUGGUGCUAUCACCUCCAUUUCCAAGUUACCUCCACCUUCCAGCUCAGCUUCCAAGCUGAGGACUAAUUUGGCACAGAUGACAGAUGCCAAUGGGAAUAUUCAGCAGAGGACAGUGUUGCCGAAACUCGUUAGCUGAGCUCCAGUCCCCUGAUGCUGGCAAUCUGAAAAAUGCGUUAUAGCUGAGCCUUAUUGUGUUGAAAAAGUGUAGCUCAGACCUGUUUUUAUUUGCUCAAUAAUUCGACUCAUUUGUAUCUUUUCAGCACUUGAUGUAAGACAGUUUGUUUUGUUUUUAUAAAAUACAUGGGGACAAUGCUUUAAGUUUUUAUACUUUCUGAAACUUUUUUUUCCUUCCUUGUGUUCUAAAACUAUGAUGAGCCUUACUGUACUUAGUGUGGCAGAACACUCACAUCAGUGGCAGGCCAUUGAUUUCUUCAUGACUGCCACACAUUUACAGAUUGGUCAGACACAUUCACAACGCUUUCAUGGUUCGUCCUGCUCCCCAAGGGCCCUCCUCCUCCCUCCAGGCUCCAGGUUCACACAGGGGCGUUCGUCCUGCCUUGCUUCCAUUUUCUGUAAAUCAAUCUGGGUCUGAGUGGAGGCAGAAGAAGAAAGUUGAGGAUGAGAGUCUCUAAGAAAAACUGCACUUCAGAGACUUUCCUCUUCCUUGCGGUGUGUUCAAACGGUUACAAAAUAGGAUUGCCCGGUUUUAAACUGCCCACUCCACAUCCUGAUGUUCUUAAGCCACUGAGCAGCAUUUAGUGGAUAAAUGGAAACUGAGAUGUGUGAAUUCCUCCCCAGGCUUUGGGAUGGUAGCAAGCUGUCAUAAUCAGGAAGCCUUCUGGUUAUGGAAUUGCUUUUUCACCUAAUUUUAUCUCCACCCCCUUGCCCCCCUCCCCCACCACGCCCAACUUCCCUUUCUCUUGUCUCUGCCCCUCUUUUACCACACACAUCUGUUGCCUGCAUUUAGUUUGUCCUUUUCCUUCAGCUGUCUAUCCCAGACCAUUAAUACAGAGAGACAUUUCAGCUGCCAUUACAUCCACAGUUUCAUACCCCAGUUUCCAAAAGAACAGCGGCCUAGCUAUGUAAGGUGGGGAUUUCCAAAGUUCCAAAGAAAACUUAGCCGACCGGAGUGAGUUCACAGUGCAGGUGCCAUGGAGGUUCCCUUAGCCUGGGAAAGCAUCAACUCUUUCGUUAGAAAGAAAAGGGGUUGAAAAAGGAGGAGAAAUUCAACCUCAAGUUAAAUGGUUUGACUUACUCUUUGAUUCAUUAGAAGAACCACAGACGCUGCAUCCCCCUGUUGAGUUUUACUUUCUUUUGGAUUGCACUGAGUGAUUUUUGUGGGGAUGACACUUUACCUGAAAGAGUAACUGAGAGUUAGGUAAAAGAAUAUUUUCUUCUCUGAAUAAUUAUUUUCACAGUGAAAAUUUCAGUAUUUUAUCACUAAUGUAUGAACGGUGAUAUAUAUCAAUUUCAAGGCACGUGGAAAGAAUUUUUAGUAUGUGCAAUUUAAUAGAGAAAGAUUUCUGCCUGUUUGGAUAAUAGGUUUUGGAUAGUAAAAAUUAGGAUAAAUAAUCUUUUAUAUGCACAGAUAUUAUUGUAUUGCCUGUAAAUCAAUUUACAAGGACUUAAAGCAUGGUCCCCAGUGAGGCCAAGAAAGUUUCCGGUUAAGUUUUUUUAAUUCUAUGUUUUCUCUUACUUUAAAAAGAAAGAAAGAAAGAAAGAAAGAAAGAAAGAAAGAAAGAAAGAACCAAAUAAAAAGUGUCAUUUUGAAUAAAACAUUUUUCUUAUCUUGAGGCUUUGCCAGUUGAUGGUGGAAAAAUAUGCUCAGGAAUUAUUUCAAAUAUUUGCCAAAAAUCAGUAAUAAGAUUAGCUUAUUAAUAAGUUAGUGAUAUCGCUGUUUGCUUUACUAUUUAAGGAUGUCAUUGAUAAAUUAAUUUGUACUUCUGUACUUAGCAAUUAUAGCUUAUUUCCCCUAGUCAAAUUCUUUAGCAUACUAUACACAUUUCUGUGUAAUCUGUGAAGUGCAAUAAUAUGUCAGUAAGUUACAUUCUAAAUGAUGCUCAUGUGACAGUACCCCCAAUCAGUGGCUUAUAGGACUUAAAAUUUUGUGUAUUUAUUUUUAAAAAUCGGCCUAAAGGCCUAAGAAAUAGACAGACUUGGUUUGGGGACUUUGUAAAACUACAAGUCUCUUAAUGAUGGUCAGUGUCUUUAGGUCAUUAAAAUAAAUUAAAAAUAUAUAAGAGCUAUCUUCCCCCUUCAAGGUUCCUUUUCUGUUCCUAUUGUUACUUAGUUGUCGCUGUGUGAGCCUGAUCCUGCCAUUACUAACUCCCCUAUAAAGUGACCAUACCUGCAACAGUUUAGUGGACUAAAACUGCUUGUCUUCCCCCCCCCAAAAAAAAAAAACCUCGUUCUUCGGAUGCCAGCAGAACAUUUGUGAACAGCUUUCUCCACACACGUAACCAGAAACUUUAAAGUAAACUAUUAUGUGCAGUGCUCUGGGGCUUUUCCCCCCUUUUAUUUCCCAACUGCAGUGAGAUUUCCUUUAUUCAUAAAAGCCGCCAUGUUUCAGCAUUUACUGGUACAUCUGCUUUGAGGAGAAUCUGAUUUAAUUACUGUGUCUAAAAUGAAACUGUUGCCUGUUUGUGAUCUUAAAACCUAAAUAAAGGGCUCUGAUAGGCUACUAGGAGUCGGCUUGGAAACGGUCCUUGGUCUCACAGGUUACCAUUGUCUAGGGAUGUCUUGAGCUGUUUUCGGAUUUAGGAAUAGCACAGUGUCGUCUUGUCUUUGGUUGCAGUCUCAUUUGACUCCGCUUCUUGCACUAACUACCAGAGUGUUCUUAGCACAACAGUGGAACACGGAGUGAUGCGAGACAAUAUAGAUUAACAUCAUAGUGGAGAAAUUGUGCCCUUAGUGUUAACAAUGUGCCUUUUGUUCUGAAUGCCAUUUGUAGGGCAUGCAUUUUUUUGGCCUCUUUAACUCUUUUGAAAGAGAGGUAGUAAAGAUGGAAGCCACCUCUGCAAAGAUAACAUCUGUCUUAAAUAUUUAGAUUUAUAGGCCUUAAUAGAAAUCAUAAGGCGUGAAUCGUCAUUGGGCGCUGAGCAAGAUAACCAUUGAUUAGUCACACCCGGAAUUCCUGUCUUUAAAGGGGUUAAAGAUGGUCUUUGUUGUAUCUUAACAUCAGACUGAUUUUUUUAAAUGAUAUUUUUUUGUUAUGCUAACACUAGACAAAAAUCAACUGUAUUUGUAAAAAUUUACCUCAAACCAUUUAAUUUUAUAGUGUGAUUAAUCCCAGGGCAUUUGGUAUGAACCAAAGUGCAUUCCUUUUUUUAUGUGCCUGGCUCUAGUAAGGAUGGCCAGGGAUUUUUACAAUUUGGGUGCAAGGCACUUAAGCCACUUUUAAACCUACUGGGUGGUAUGGAGUCAUGUUAAAUGAUUCUGUCAGAAUGUUAGCAAACACUUUGGCAUCAGUAGCAUUGGGCCAUAUUGGAAUCUUAAAAGCAUGAAUUAUUUUAAAGAGAACAUUCAUUUUUGUAAUUUUUUUCAUCAAGAAUAUUUCUUGAAUAAGCAGAAGAUUUUUUUAAAAAUAAACAACUGAUUGGGUUGGUAAAGGUUUUAAUAUUGCCCAACACAAUGCCGUGGUAGCAUUUAAAAACAAAAGUAUUUGUGGACUCUCUGUUUUUAGGGGCUUGUACAUCUCUCUGCUGUGGGCAUAUAUAAGAUUCAUUGUUGAUUAUACUCAGCUCGGCUGCUGAGUAUAUGUUACGUCUAGGCAGUGGCUUGGGUUUUUAUCGAGCAACAACUUAGACACGUGACUGUAAUAAUGCUGCAACUGUGUGUACUGAAAAUAUGUGAAAACGGUUGAAUGUGGACUGUAUAUAUGUAUGUACAAAUUUCUGUGAGAUGCUGCUGUCGCCACUUAACAUGGAAAGUGUUCUAGUGGGUUUGAAUCCUAGUGGCCAGUUCUAUGAUACUGUAUGCAUUGUACAGCUGAUGACGGGAGUAAGACUGUUUAGUGAAUAUUUGUUAAAUUUUAUUGUUGUGGCCAGAGAUAAUUUCAGAAUAAAAUUUUAAUGUCCUACCUUA